GGGGUCAAUCGAUUUUGAUUAUAGGUUAUCUACUUGUAAAAAUGUCAAAAUAAAAUAAAUUUUGUUGUUAAAAUACAACCUUAAAAAACAAUGAAUCCUAGAACAAAAUGUAAAAUUAACUCGGAUGGUAGUGUUUGUUUAUCAGAUAUUUUAAAUUCAUUUAACUCAUCAAUCAAAGAAGAACAUGCAUGGGCACUGUGUUAUCAAAUUGCCAAAUACUUUGAAGAAUGUCUGCAGGCAUAUAAACAAAACUCUUAUGUUAUUACUGAGGUACAACACGUUUACUUGAAAUCUGACGGGACUGUGCACGAAAACACGGGAGUUAUAAACGAUAAUUCUCGAAGAACGCCCCAAAAUGAAUUGGAUAUUAUCAAAGGUAUAGGGGUGGUGAUAUAUGCAGCAUUAGAUUCUGAAAUUCAGAGCGGGGAGGAAAAGGUGAUUAGUUAUGACUUAGAACAACUCAUUAGUGAUUUAAUUGCAGACGACCUUAACAAUGUAGAUCAUAAUCAUCAUGAAACUGAUGAUGAAGGCAUUGAAAGAGAUUCUGAUGAAGAUCCCAGCACAUCAAAGCCUACAGCUCACAUAACUCUGAAAGAGGUAAUAAAAAGGUGUGAAAAUCAUCUAGGAUAUUUAAGUAAAACUCAGGCUGAAGCACAUUAUAAGGCUGUAGUUCGAGCUUUAGUUGCUGAAGCAAUUGAGCUAUCCACAUUUUUAGAAAAAGUUGCACAAGGCAGUAUUAGCUUGCCAUCUAGUAGUACCAGUGAUCAAUUAGAAUUCUCAGAUUGGGCAAAGUUUUGGGUGCAAGUUAUGAAUGAGCUGCGCACUGGUGUUAAACUUAAGAAAGUUAAUUUCACAAAAGCACCUAUAGAAUAUGAAUUGACUCCCUAUGAAGUGUUAAUGAAAGAUAUAAGAAAUUGUAAAUAUAACUUAAGAAAAAUUAUGGUGAACGGAGAUGUACCUUGUAGAAUAACCAAAGAUGCUCAUGCAAUUAUUUUGGAGUUCAUUAGAUCUAGGCCUCCCUUGAAAAAAGCCUCUGAUAGGAAAAUUGUACAUUCACCUAGACCUCUUACACCUCGUGAACAGUUAUUGAAUUCUAUUAGAAAGGGAAGAAAACUGAGACCAGUGCCAACACCAAGAACUUCCAAAUUUAAACUUGAAACUUCCAAAACCACUAUCGAGGUGACCAGUCCCCCAAAACCGGCUGUAAGAAAACUGAUCAAAGUAGACUUUUCCCAAUUCGAAGAUGAUGAAGACGAUGAGAUAGCCGAAACUCCAGAUUCGGCAACAGAACCCGGCUUAUGGUCUAGUGAAUACCCAGAAAUAUGUGAUACUACCUUAGUAGAUGUAUAUGAUCUAGCUACUCAUGCAUAUAGUAGGAAUAUGGCUAGAAGAAACACUUUAGAAGUGGUAGAAGCAAACGUAGGCUGUUAUUCAGUGCCCCAAUCUCGACCUGGCUCCAGACAAUCGUGUAAUAGUUCAGAAGCUGAAUCUGUUCAACUUGAACCUGAGGUUGCGAAACAAAUACAAAAUGAACUGACUUGUUCUCAGAGUUGGCAGGAUACCAUAUCUCUUGAUGAUAGACUCUCUUUAACCUUAGCGGAGAUUGUGCAUAUUCGUACUGUCCUUACCAAGGCUGAACUGGAUGCACUACCAGUAGAAGGAAAGGUAAGACACGACGUUGAAUCCAGAAAAGUAUGUUUCCUCUGUUUAAAAACUCGGUUUGGCAUAUUCGGUCCGUGGGGUCAAAGAUGCACGCUCUGCAAACGCACAGUCUGCUCCAAAUGCUGCUCUAAAAUGAACAUCCCCAUGGAACAUUUCUCUAGUGUACCCGUAGUGUUGCUAAGUCCGAGUAUAAUGUGUACACCAGAAGAGGACAACCAGUUUUUAUCGAAAACUCUAGUCAAUAGACCUGAAUCCGCUGGCGGCUCAAAAGAUAUCAGUCCUGGAGGCAGCAGGUCCGGAUCGAGCAUGGACACGCACCAGGCGAACGAAGCCGGUGCGUUGAACAAGUUUAAGACGAGGGCGACUGCCGUCGCAAGAGUAUCGCGGGCUGCGGAGAGGUACAAGAACUCUCAGAUGAUGGUAUGCCAAGAUUGCAGAACGAUGGUGCUCCAGAUAAUAAAGUCGGCAAGAGCUAACAGAACUGCGAUAAGAAACAAAACAAUUCAGAGUCUAACGUUGAACCUAUCACCUGUUUUCUAGUCAGCUCAAACUUGUGACAGCUCCUGUAGAUCUGUAGACACUCUUACGAUGUAACUGUUUCUUUUGAAUGAUGCAGUUUUUAGAAUUAUUAAAUCGUGAGGAAAGGUAUAUGUACUCGUAUAUGCAGUUGUAUAAUUUUAUUGAACAUAAGCUUACAUUUAUUUUACCAUUUACCAGUUUUAGGCAAGGUGGAUCACUUAUGAGUUGACACUUUUGACAGUUAAUAAAAACUUUGUGAUAUACUUUAUAAUAUAUAUUAAUUUUCUUAGGAAAUGCGUGGAAUAAAUUUUUAAAAUAGAUAAAGUACGAGUAUACUGUUUUUUAAGAGUUUGUCAUUUUUUUUAUUACAUUCUUAUUUUUUUGUCGACAGUUCAUUCAAACGUUGAAUAAAAACAUAAGCUUUCUUAAUUUUCGCCUCUUAACCCACUGAAGCCCGAUUUUUAUUAAAAAAAAACAGGAUUUUUGUGAAAAUUAUUUAUUUUAGUAUAUUGUUAAAACAAAUUUAUUCAAAAUAAACAAUGCUGAUCCUGAAGUAUAUCCUGCAGGAUAUGGUAUUCUCAAGAUACCAGCAGGAACAUAGCACAACAUAAAAUUAAAUGAGAAAUAAAAACCAGGUAGCAAUUCUUUCUUCCUAUUGUUUUGCAUGGAACGUUGCAAAACAAUUUUUGUCGUGUUUGAGACAAAGUUCGAUAUUGCAGGAUGAACAUUUCCACUAUGUUUUGCUAACAUUUGCUGUCGUGCUGCAAUUGGCACAUCUCAAAGAAGUAGUUCUUUGGGUCAUAUGAGAAGACUUUGAAUGGCGCAGUUCUAACGGAUUAUGCCUUUUGAAUUUACUCAAUGGAUGAUCUUCCCCUUUUUAGUUGUUCUGGAGCUACAAUAAGGCCUCUACUCAGAGAGAAAACAUACUUUAAGUUGAAAUAGAAUGAAUGUGUUUACGACGCAAGCAUCCCUAAAAUAAAAAAAUAUUCUAUGCCACCACUUGUGUGAUUUACGAUUCACCUCAUAAAGACUUUUCAGCAUGUCAAAUUUGUCAACAUAUCCCAUAUGUGAGUUGUAGAGCACUACCAUUUGUGGACAUGAAAGCUUAUUCAGAGUAGCGUCUUUUUGUUUUCUCUCUACAACUUCGUUUGUUGCUGAAUUUUGGUGAUUUGCUAAAAGAAUCACACUUCUGCGAUCCAUCCACUUCAAAGCAGAUAUUUCAUCUGUUCAAAUACGGUAAUCUGAAUCUCCUCGAUUCAUUUGUUUGUCAGUUUUGAACUCUGGUAAAUCCUUUUUUUAACGGUUCCACUUGCAUAAAUUCUGUCCGACAAUAAAGAUCUCUGAAGAUCAAUAAAGUUGAAAUAGUUCUCAUACUCGGUGGUGUUUAUUUACUAAGACUCUUGUUAGAUUCUGGACGACUCCUUGUCUCCUAAGUUUUUUUCGGUGGAAUUUCUCACUUUACCGGUAUAUAUUUGGCACAUGAAUCUGCUCUAACCGAUACUUUAUAGCCACGUUUUAUAGGUUUAUUGGGCAUAUACUGUCGGAUACUGCUUCAACCUUUUAAUCGUAUCAUAUACUUAUCAUUCGCUUGAAACUCUGAAUGUGGAUUGGGUGCUGUAAGAAACGUCUCUACUAUCUAAGGAGAGUAGAUGGGUAAUGUUUAUGGGAGUCUGAAUUUUAAGUUCUGAUAGUUUUGAAUACAGCUGAUCUGUUUCAUACUUAUGUUUAUCGCACUUUUGCACAAAGAAUAUGGUUGAUGUCACAUUGUGAUAUAUUAUCGCAUGAGCAUACCCCACAAGGGAUAAUAUUUAACUUAGCCAAGUGAGCUGGGAAUGCACCGUAGUUUUCAGUUGUGUAAUUGUGGCUGUCAACUUCUUUGGCAUUGCGUAUUUGAAAAUAUAGGCAACAUCUUGUGGUAAGGUAGGGUGGAUAGUAUAAUAUUGGUUAUUUGAAUUCGUUGUUAUGUUUUUCCAUUUUUCUCUCCAAUUUAUAAAAAUUUUGUUAUAAUAAUGUUGUUGUAAGUCCUCCAAUGUGAAUAUGGGAAUAUAGAGUCCAACAUGGGUCGAAUCUUUAGCAAGCUGGUCAACCAGUUCAUUUCCCUCGAUACCAAUGUAACUUUUAACCCAAAUAACUGUCAUCUAUUUACUAUAUGGUUUAUUUUUAAUAGCACAAAGAAUACUAUUUCUUUUAUGUUGAGUCAUAUCUGAGUUUAUUCCUUUAAUGACCGAUAAUGAAUCUGAUAAUAUUACUGCUUUAUUUAAAUUGUGUAAAUCUAGCCAAUCUAAUGCUUUUUCGAUUGCUACCGCUUCAGCAGUAUAUUAUUGAACAAUGUGAUGGAAGUUUAAUUUUCAAAGAUUCACUUUUGUGUGGAAUGUAAACUGUACAACCUGUGUACAGGUAUACAACCUCUUAUUUUGAACCAUGGGUAUACAUUAUUACGUGAUCAUUAUAGUUGGAAAAAUAUUAGCCACAUCCAUUUUAUAUAUUGUUCUGAUUAUAUGUUCCUUUAGGUGCGGUUCUAUUUGUGUGAAUUUGCACAAUCCUUUCUCAUCUGUCUAGAAGAAGAUGUUGCUCCUAUAGUCUUGUAGCAGGUUGCUUUCGACACUCUGAUAAACAUGUUUCUACAAUUGUUUCUUAUUUAGACAAUUUAGAACACAAUCCUUCAUAAACAUGUUUCAGAAUAUGUUUGGGAUCAUCAGAGAGAUAUUGAAAAUGUCGCUUACAUUUUACUACACAGCUUUGUAAAUAUUCCAAUUGAUUAGAGGGUUCCACUGGCUUUUCAGCUGCAGAAUUAUUAUCACACUACUGGUGCCACAUUUUAAAAGUAUCUUCAUAAAAUUAUAAAGUUUACUGUUCUUUUACAUAUUUUUACGUACUUCUUUUCUUUGUGAGUUUUAUAAAAACUAACUUCUGUUUUUUUUUUCAAAAAAACAUUGAACGUUCACAUCUAUGGUUCUUGAGUUGAACUUUUUUUAUACUUGAACCCUCCAUAUCCUCAUGAUAAUCUAGAUUCACGUCUUUCAUUUUUUUUUGCAGAUAUUAAUAAUACACACGUCCAUGCAUCCAUUUUCUACACCGCAGUGUAAAAUUAUAAUUCUGUCAUUUAUUGGGCGGUACUGAAUUAGAACACUUUUUGUUAUUAUUCGUCCAACUUUUUUUCACGGUGUCAUGAGUACCAUACCAGAUUUCAUCCAAAUAAACAAUAUUUUAAGUUUAAAAUAAAGUAAAAUAUCAUACCUACCUACCCAAGUGUAAACCACUGGACGGUCGAAACGAAAUUUAUUUGGAUAAACUACUUUAUGGUUUCGGUCGCUCAGGCAAAUAUUGUUAUCUUAGGCAAAGAAUGCAUCGAUGAUAACUUUAUCUGGGCGACUGUACAUAUUUUCAAACGUAAUACCAGGCACAUCUGAAUGUAAAUAUCGAUGAGAAUAUUAAAACUUUGUAUUAUAAUACAUCUCAGUCAUUGAUAAUUUUCCAGUUAAUAACUACUUCUGGUAAAGUACUUUUAUUUUAAUUUUUAUUGCCUUCUUUUAUUACAGAUAAAUAUAUUCUUACACAGUCUCACCGAAAUACGUGGUGACUAUGCAGUGGAGUACUAGUGGAAAUUUUGUAUUAAAACUUGUUACUAUCCUAAUUUUUAAGGUUUCUGUAACAGACCUUACAUUUCUAAUCAUUUAAAUUAGUGCUUGAUUAGUAAUAGGCACUACUACUUGUUAUACUAGAUUACUAUUAAAGUAUAAUAUAGUUGUUAUACUUGGAUAUCAACAAUAUGUUUCUUUCUUUUUUGCUUUGAAUUUGAUCCUGUCACAAGUGUCAACAGUUACAUCAGUCACCUUAUUCGUACAACUGAAAAAAAAAUCAAAAUUCAUUUUUUUAAUCAAAAACCAAUUUAAUUUUUACCAAAUAUGAUAUUACUAUGUCAGCUUGAUGUUUGCAAUUAAAAAUUAGUGUAUUUUAUUAAUAAAGUUACCAAUAUCGGUUUUACCAGUUUUUAUGUACAAAAAAUUGUUAGAUUUUAUUUUUGUGUUAAAUUUAUUUAGUUUUUUUAUUUGCCAAAGAUUAUUUAUUUGAAAUUCGCUUGUUUGUUUUUGCCAAAGAUUAUUUAUGUAGAAUUCGAAAAUUUAUUUAUAAUUUGUUAAAAUAUAGGGUGAUCCAAGACU